AUGCCUCAACUUCCCACUCGUAAAUUGGGCAAGAAUGGCCCCCAAGUCGUCGCGCAAGGCUUCGGAACCAUGGGUCUAAGUGCCUUCUACGGCAGUACCGGAACGGAUGACGAACGUUUCAAGGUCCUCGACCGCGCCUAUGAACUCGGACAGACCAACUGGGACUCCGCAGACAUGUACGCCGACUCUGAAGACCUCAUCGGGAAAUGGUUCAAACGGACCGGAAAGCGGGAUCAUAUAUUCUUAGCCACGAAAUUUGCGAAUAAAGUAGGUAAAGAUGGAAGUUUUAGUGUCGAUUCCAGUCCGGAAUAUGCAAAAGCUGCGUGUGCGAAGAGUUUACAGAGGCUGGGUAUUCAAACCAUCGAUUUAUAUUAUUGUCAUAGGGUGGAUGGGAAGACACCUAUUGAGAAGACGGUGGAGGCUAUGGUUCAGUUGAAGAAUGAGGGAAAGAUCAGAUAUAUAGGACUCUCGGAAGUUAGCGCCAAUACCAUCCGUCGUGCGGAGAAAGUCCACCAUAUUGAUGCGGUGCAACUCGAGUACUCUCCAUUUACAAUGGAUAUUGAACAAAAUGAUGUUUUGAAGACUUGCCGAAAACUUGGAAUCGCUACUGUCGCAUAUGCGCCUCUUGGCCGUGGUUUCCUCACAGGGCAAUAUAAAUCUCGCGACGACUUCGAGGCCGACGAUUUCCGCCGCUUCGCCCCCCGCUUCUCCGACGAGAACUUCCCAAAGAACCUCGUUCUCGUGAACCAAUUGGCAGAAAUCGCCUCUAGGAAAGGCAUCACACCCGGACAAUUAGCAUUAGCAUGGUUGGCUGCCCAAGGUGAUGAUAUUAUCGCGAUCCCGGGAACCAAGAAAAUCAAAUACUUGGAAGAAAAUGUGGAAGCCUUGCGUGUGCAACUUAGUAGGGAGGAGGAGAGGGAAAUCAGAACCGCCAUUGAAAAGGUAGAUGUGGGUGGAGCAAGAUAUCCCGACAAAAUGGGUGGCCUCACGUUUGGAGAUACGCCGGAGUUGUAA